UAUAAUACAAGAAAAGUUAACCUCUUUUCUUUAUGAUGACGCGAUAAUGAAUGUUUUCAUAUUAUUGAAUGUGAAAAAAAAAAUUAUUUAACUAAUAAAUACAAAAUUUGAAGAUUUUUAUUAUUUAUUCUAAUACUUUACCAUAAUCUAAUGGAUUCUUCAAAUCACAGAAAAAAUAUUACAAAAAGUUACAACGGAGACGAAGAUCAAUCUGAUUUCGCUAUGAUUAGACGAAUAAAAAUGGAACCAGAAACAAUAUUAUCUCAGGAUGAUGACAUUAUGGCACAAUUACAUCAAGAGAGUUCUGAUUUAGAAGUGGAACCAAGUUUUGUACUUGAUACCGUAGCUAACGAGGAUUGUAAUGAAGGAGUUUUAAUGCAGCACAUGGAUAUAAGAGAGCCUUUAUCAACACUUCGAAAUUUAUUAGAACAAAGAUUGGGUGUUGAACUAACUGAUUAUUCUUUUUGGCUUCAAGAUGCUCAAAUGUUAGAAAGUCAUAAAAAUUUAGUAGACCAAUGUGUUCAAGGCGAAGGUCUUGUUCAAGUGAAUGUACAAAUAAGAGCUGCACAAAGACGAAUAAAUAUAGUUGACGUUCUAAAACCUGCUGAAGAUUAUGUAGAAACUGCUGAGAAUCAUGCUCCAACAGCAGUACCGGAAGACAAUAAACAGAAUGUGAUUAGAUGGAUGGUAGAUGCACAGUAUAAACAAGAGCAGGAACGUUUGAAAAUUCCAUUUGAUCCGAAAGAAUGGUCACAAACCCACGUUAAACACUGGCUCCAAUGGGCUGUCAGGCAAUUUAAUCUCGUUUCGCUGAGGUUAGCAGAUUGGAAUAUUACUGGAGCUGAACUUUGUAAUCUUACCCUUGAAGAAUUUCAAGCUAAAGUUCCCCUCGAUCCAGGCGAUGUAUUUUGGACACAUUUAGAGUUGCUUAGAAAGUGUAAAUUUGUUGCUGUGGUACAAAAAGAUUCGACAAUACACGAAAAUAUUCAUCGAAAAUCAGUUAAAGUUCGUAGUCAAAAAGCUCCUAAAGCUCGAGCAGUAAUGAAUCAACAUGCACGUUUAGUAGGUAUGCCUCUUUCGAACUCUUCAUCAUCUGUCACACUUGGAACACCUAGUCGUACGGUAAAUAGUAGUCAAAUACAACUCUGGCAAUUUCUACUUGAGUUGUUGACUGAUCGAGAACAUAGAGAUGCCAUUCGUUGGGUCGGUGAAGAUGGAGAAUUCAAACUUAAUCAACCAGAAGCUGUUGCACAACUUUGGGGUGCGCGUAAGAAUAAACCAUCGAUGAACUAUGAAAAAUUAAGCCGAGCUCUACGAUAUUACUAUGAUGGUAAUAUGAUCUCCAAGGUCCAGGGUAAAAGAUUUGUGUAUAAAUUUGAUGCCGAUUUAAAACAACUUCUCGGAUAUUCAGCUGCUGAGCUUAGCAAAAUAGUUGAAGAAGGAAGAAAAUAUUAUUAACUCUAAAAUAAAUAAUUAAUCAAUUAAUUAUUUGAUUGAUUGAUACAUAGUAAUAUUUUUAACAGUCAAUUUGAGAUAAAUUUAUCAGAAGAAUUAAAUUGUGGUGGUUAACAGUGUUGUGAACUUUAUAAGUUACGAUAUAAAUUAUUUAUAAGAAUAAAAACAAUAUAAAUGACGAACAAGUUACAAAUAACUGAAACUAUCAGAUUCUAUUAUAGUGUUAUUACAAUGAUUAUACUUAUGUAUUUUUAUAUAAUUAUAAUACAACAAGCAUAAAUGGUUCUACAUUCAAAACAUGUCUGUUAUUUUAUAAAAAAAAAAUAAAAUAAUCUCAGAGCUACUUGCACAAUGAAUAAAAUUAAAUUAUCAUAAUCAUUUAAUAUUGUUCAAUUUAACGAAUAACUUCCAAAUCUUUGAUGAUCUAAUUAGUAACAAUGUUUCAAGUAUUAAUAAUUUCGUUAAAGUGUUAUCAGUAAAACCAUUCAUGAGCCACUUGUACAAAUAACAUAUUAUUAUUAACAAUUAAUCCAUUUAGUCUUGAGCAAGUUGUCUCUGGAAAAUGAUUUUAUACAUGAAAGAUAUGUAAAUAAAUUGAAAUGAUAAUCUUAAAUACAUGAAGACAAAGCAAAAUCAAUGCACUCAUCU